AUGGCUCAUGGAGCUGGAAGUUCGCGUCUUGGACCUGGCGACUCGAACAGCAUUCACUUCUAUGAUCCUGACGAUCCGCUUCCCAACAGUGAAAUCGUAACCCAUCUAUGUGAGGUCUUCUUCGCUCAUCUGGGCUGUAAUUUUCCUUUCCUACAACGAGAUAGAUUCCUUCGUAGCUUGAAGGAGAAGCAGCUUGCGCCCAUCCUUGUGGAUGCAGUGUGUGCCUUGGCUGCCAGAUUUUCUCUUCAUCCUCUGCUCUCCGUCGAACCCGUUAAUGAAGCUCCAUACCCCCAUCAUGGCCAAGCUUUCGCGCAUCGUGCUAUGUGCGCCGUCGUGGAUGCACUUGCCUGUCCAACUUUGGCUGUCGUACAAGCCUGUCUUCUCCUUGCCUAUGAGGAAUUCGGUUCUAACCAUGACAGCGGUCUAUGGAUGUAUCUUGGGAUAUCGAUCAGGAUGGCGCAAGAUCUAGGCAUCCAGAAGCUUGAUGGGAUGAAGUUCAGAUAUGGCUGUGUUGGUCUUACUCCCAAGGCUGUCAUAGCCGGUCAGAUGGUUGAUCCUGAAGCCUCUGCAUCUGCCUCCACCAAGCGGACAGAUGAAACAAAUACCAAGGAUUCGGAUACAGAGUCGGUCGAGGCAGAACGAGCAAAGGAAAGGGAAAAAGUCGAUCUGUUCUGGAGUAUCUUCUUCCUUGACAGGGUUAUAUCCUCUGGGACUGGGCGGCCAGUCACUCUCCGGGACGACGACAUUGAGAUACAUUUCCCUCUAGAUUCAGAAUCAAUACUUUAUAAUGGCUGGCCAUCUCCGUAUCCUCCACUAAUGAGAAUCAUACAUCUAUACGGGAGGAUGACGGAUCUAUUAAACUCAAUCAAGGAGGUUAAACAUGUCACUCCAGAUGUCCUUCGGCGCCUUGCUGGGAUGGAAAAUGACCUAACUGGCAUAUACCAAAAGCUGUCUCCCAAGCUACAUUUCAAUGUUAUCAAUUUCCAGACCUAUGUCAAAGCUGGCCAGGGGACCAACUUCAUCCUCCUACAUUUCUGGUUCCAUACUCUCAUUGUACUCCUUCACCAGCCUACUUUACUGCAUUCAUUUAGUGGUAAAAUACAGCAGUUGUUUUCCAACAGUCGAGAACUGUCUAUAUCCUCUGCCAAAACUAUCGCCGAUAUCCUUGCUUUUGCAGAACUGAUAGAUGUCAAAAGCUUCACUGGAAACCCCUUUACCAGCCAGCCUAUCUACAUCGCCGCAUGCGCAUUUCUCAUGGAGAGCGCCUUCUACUCUGUCCCUUCGUCGAGGGCUGAAAGUCCACCUCCUAAACCUGCGUCUUCAAACCAGUCAUCGAAACCCCCCGAGACUGAAGCAGACCGCAAUACAGCACCAGACCGUAGUUCCAACCCUAAGCACUCACUACUCGCUGCUGCGGCAAAGGAAAAUUACCAGAGGUGCUACAAGGCCCUGCAAUCAUUAGAAAAGUCCUGGGCGGGCACCAAAUAUAUUCUUACGGCAUUGGAUCAAAAGUCAAAGGGAAUAUGGGAUCCUUUGCUGUAUACUGAAGAGGAAAUGGAGAGCACUGCUGGUGUUGAUAUAUCGCUAGCUAUGGCAUGGAAAAAGACUCAGGCUAGUUCCACAAACGCCCAAACCACCAGUGAUUCGUCUCAAGCUGGCUCAUCUCACGGUGCAGCCUCUACUGGCCUGGAGUCUGCCAAUAUUGAUCCUAGUCGGGCCAUAGGUUGGUCAUUAACCGGCGCCACCAACUCAUCACAGCCAAACUUGAGCUUUUUAUAUCAGCUUCCGACUACCUCAUCAGGCAUUCCCGCACAAUACCCUGAAACCUCCCAGUUACAAGCCACUUUUCAACGCUCCCGAUCUUCUAAUCUACACUCAACGAAUUCCGCCGCCACCCAGUCGUCACUGCAGCCUUUCCAGAGCCAUGAAACUUCUAGCCAGCCAAGGGGAACCCCCCAGCUCCCGUCCCCAGCCCAGCAAAACACGCUUUCGCCCCCUUAUUCACACAUCCAGCCUGACAGACAGUCCCCAUCCAGCACCACACUUAACCUAACUCGCAGUCCAGGUUUUACUAGCCAGUCCACAUCUCUAUCUCGCUCUCAGCAGUCCGUCUCGCCCGGAGCACAGCUGCGGCAAGACAGCAACACGCAGUAUAACUUUCACACUCCCUCUCCCUUUGGUAACCAGCCCAUGGCUGCACUAGAUAAUACGCAUAUUCCUGGAUACGACAAUGUACCCUUGAACUCCCAGAACCUCACUAUCGAAACCCAGGAUAUUGACAUGAACAACCUCCAAAACCAAGCGAGUUUCCCGUUCUCGUUUGAAGGCGGUUUUAUGCCGUGGCUGGAGUAUCUACCCGAAGAUGUCCUGCAUUUUUUUGGCGACUCUCAAGGCUAA